GAAGACUGUUUGUAGAGGAUGCUGUGCAGUGAAGGGUGUGUUGGGGAUGAAGGUGGCGUGAGGCGGCUUUAUAAGGCGAGUCUAUGGACACCAGGACCAGAAGAUCCAGACGAGGCAGAGCGUCCAGAGAGCCGGUGCUGAACCACGAGCGUUCCUCCGUUCCUCUCUCGCUCCUCCUUUGACAGUUUGGUGCCGUCGCCCCGAGAUGUCGUGCGGCCGAGUGCAGUGCGCCCUGGCGUUGCUCUCCAUCGCCCUGACAGUGCUGAGUGUCACCUCGGCGCCAGCACACGACAGGUACCGCGAAAUCCUGCAGCGAUCACUGGCCGCGGCGGGAGCCAGGAGUAAACCGGAGCUGACCAAGUACAGCCUGGCUCAGCUGUUGGCGGAAUUGGCCAACGCGGAGAACGAGGCGCUGGAGGCGGAGGACAUGGCCCGAGCAACCGCACAGGACGAAGUAAGGGUUGAAUUGGAGAGAUCGGCCAACCCCAACCUGGCGCAGAGAGAGCGCAAAGCGGGCUGUAAAAGCUUCUUCUGGAAAACCUUCACUUCCUGCUAACUCUGAGCAGCCCCCACCACCCCUCUCACACACACUCAUACACACACUUUCCCUGACCCCCACCCCUCCCAUCCCCACCCUACACACAAAGUUUUCCCGAUCCCCCGCCACACACACACACACACACAUUGUAUUUGUCUUACGCUACGUGGUCUGUUCUGAUUUUAACAUACUGUAAAUAAAACACAUGGUGAUGAUAAUUCAACCUAAUUUAUUGUGACAGAACCUUUAGAUGGGGUUGUGACUGUAUAGUUACCCACUCUUUCUGGCUAGAGGUGUAUGUAUUAUUUUUAAUUUGUAUGUCGCAAUGAAAUACAUGUUUGAAACUGAAA